AUGCUAAAACUUAAGGUCAAAACGUUAAAGCAACUAUGGUCUCAUCAACGGCAUACAUACAUUCUACGAUAUAAUCAUACGGUGACGCCCGCACAGGUUUUGCAAACACGGAUUGAACAAAUUCCAAUAGAAAAUUACAGAAACUUUUCUAUUGUUGCUCAUGUCGAUCAUGGAAAGUCGACAUUAAGUGACAGACUGCUAGAAAUAACACACGUCAUUGAUCCAAAUGCGAAAAAUAAGCAGGUUCUAGAUAAACUUGAAGUCGAAAGAGAAAGAGGAAUCACUAUAAAAGCACAAACAUGUUCGAUGUUCUAUAACGACAAAAGAACUGGAGAAGAUUACCUCUUACACCUAAUUGACACUCCAGGACAUGUAGAUUUUAGAGGGGAAGUUUCAAGGUCUUACGCAUCAUGCGGGGGGGCUAUUCUUUUGGUCGAUGCCUCGCAAGGUAUUCAAGCUCAGACAGUGGCUAAUUUCUAUUUGGCCUUUAGCCUGGGGUUGAAGUUAAUCCCGGUAAUAAAUAAAGUCGAUCUCAACCUUACAGACGUAAAACAGGUUAAAGACCAAAUAGUGAAUAAUUUUGAGCUUCCGGAAGAAGACAUAAUCGGCGUCAGUGCCAAAACAGGUCUAAACGUGGAAGACCUGCUAUUGCCAGCUAUAAUUGACCGCAUACCACCACCAACUGGGAGGCUCGGCAAACCCUUUAGAGCACUAUUAGUAGAUUCGUGGUACGAUGCAUACUUAGGAGCAGUUCUUUUAGUCAAUAUAGUUGACGGGUCUGUACGCAAGAAUGACAGGGUUGUUUGUGCCCAGACAAAGGAAAAAUACGAAGUUAAAGAUACCGGAAUCAUGUAUCCUGACAGGACUUCCACAGGUACUUUGAAGGCGGGGCAAGUUGGCUAUAUAGUACUGGGAAUGAAGGACUCUAAGGAGGCUAAAGUAGGAGAUACUAUUAUGCAUUUGGGUAAGGAGCAUGAAACCGAAGUACUUCCUGGCUUUGAAGAACAAAAACCUAUGGUGUUUGUGGGCGCGUUUCCGGCAGAUGGGGUUGAAUUUAAAGCGAUGGAUGAUGAUAUGAGUAGACUUGUUCUCAAUGACAGAUCCGUUACCUUGGAGCGUGAGACUUCUAAUGCCUUAGGACAAGGUUGGAGGUUGGGCUUUUUAGGAUCUUUACAUGCAUCUGUUUUCCGUGAAAGGCUAGAAAAAGAAUAUGGUUCCAAAUUGAUUAUUACCCAACCCACUGUGCCUUAUUUAGUUGAGUUCACUGAUGGUUCAAAAAAGCUAAUAACCAAUCCUGAUGAAUUUCCAGACGCUGCUACGAAAAGAGUAAACGUUGCAGCUUAUCACGAACCAUUUAUAGAGGCAGUUAUGACGUUGCCUCAGGAAUAUUUAGGCAAUGUUAUACGUUUAUGCGACAGCAAUCGAGGAGAACAGAUUGAUAUCACUUACCUUAACACUAACGGACAAGUAAUGCUAAAAUAUUACCUUCCGUUAUCACAUUUGGUUGAUGACUUUUUUGGCAAAUUAAAAUCUGUCUCCAGAGGGUUUGCUUCUUUGGAUUAUGAAGAGGCUGGAUAUAGAAAUUCUGAUGUCGUGAAACUACAACUAUUAGUUAAUGGGAAUGCUAUCGACGCCUUAUCCAGGGUAUUGCACAGGUCUGAAGUUGAACGAGUUGGUAGGGAAUGGGUAAAGAAAUUCAAAGAGUUCGUUAAAUCGCAAUUAUAUGAGGUUGUUAUCCAAGCUAGGGCUAAUAACAAGAUAAUAGCUAGGGAGACCAUAAAGGCGAGAAGAAAAGAUGUUCUUCAGAAGUUACAUGCUUCUGAUCUCUCUCGUAGAAAGAAACUAUUGGCCAAGCAAAAAGAGGGUAAAAAGCAUAUGAAAACUAUAGGUAAUAUCCAAAUUAACCAAGAAGCAUAUCAAGCAUUUUUACGUCGUUGA